AUGUGGCGCCCAAACCUCAAUUUCGUCAAGUUGCAUUUAGUCGUCGUCCGGCUAGUUUGGUUCCGGAGGUACCUUAAGAAGGCUGCUCCCGCUCUUGUGAAUCGACGCAGAGCCGCGGAUCCAGAUCCCAAAGAAGACCCUGAAAUUGGUGCUGAGCUUCCUAAUUCGGAGCCACCUGAACAUCGACCUAGUAUUGUGCGAGCAGUUACGGACCAUGCACCUAGGAAUGUCGCAGGCAAGGAUGGACUUCCCCGAAUUGAGGGUCGCAGUCAAACGGUCCCAGCUCCUGAUCAUCAAUCCCAACGCUCCGUGGAAAACGAAACAUCUCUCAUUAAUGAUGAUAAGAUGACUGAUCGAGAGAAUGACCAGCACGGAACAAAGAUCACAUUUGACCCUUCAACCGACCAUCAUCCUCGGCGCGAACAGCAGGAUUCUACGCUAUAUAUCCCUGGGCCUCGUGCUCGUGAUCAGGGGCUGCCAUUCGUCGAACUUGAUAGUGGUCGUCGAUUUAGCAGAGAUACACAAGACGAUGACUUCAUCGAACCUGUCCCUCGCUCCUUUUCCAAUCCCAUCGGAACCCUUCGUCGCCGGCGCAGUGCUGGUCUCAAUUUGGCUCAAGUUCGUUCGGUAGAACGUGUCGCUACCGUUGCCUCCUCGCUGUUUGUUAUCGGCAACACUGCUCAGGGCCCUAGGGAGCGUCCGUUAGCUAGAGCACCGACUCUUGCUGUAGGAGAUUUCCCACGCUUGUCGCGUGAGGUGACCAUCGGGCGCAACUCUACUUUCCGUCACUUGUCAUCGGAAGAUCGAGACGAGCUUGGUGGUAUUGAGUAUAAAAGCUUAAAGCUGCUUCUCAAGAUCAUUAUUGGAUACUAUGUGUUCCUCCAUCUCCUGGGCGCUGUCUGCCUCAUAGGAUGGAUCAGGCAUGCGCCCAGCAAGUACGUUGACUACAUCGUCGAGGUUGGGCAAAACCGUAUCUGGUGGGCCAUAUUUUCCGCUCAGACCAUGGUCUCUAACUUGGGUUUCACUUUGACCCCCGACUCUAUGAUAUCUUUUAAUGACGCCCCGGCUCCUCUGCUUAUCAUGAGUGCUCUCGCGCUUGCUGGACAUACCUUUUACCCUAUUAUGCUACGUCUUGUCAUCUGGUCUGCAUCAAAGAUCUUCCCGAAAAAGUCCUCGAUUCAGGAGUCAUUACACUUUCUCCUCAACCACCCACGCCGAUGUUACACCUUACUGUUCCCUAGCGGACCGACUUGGGCGUUGUUUGGCAUUCUCACCCUCCUCAACGUCGCUGACAUACUUUUCAUUAUUCUUCUUGACUUGGAUAAUCCUACUGUGACAGUUCUUCCUGGAUGGCAGAGAUUCUGCGCUGCUGUCUUUCAGGCCGUCAGCUCGCGACACACUGGCACCUCAACCUUCAAUCUUGCCAACGUUAACCCAGCUGUGCAGAUGGCUUUGUUGGUCAUGAUGUACGUAUCGGUCUAUCCUAUUUCCAUCGUUGUUCGAUCUUCCAAUACCUACGAAGAACGCUCCCUUGGGCUAUACGACGAAGAUGAGCGGGAACUAGAUGAGGAGAACGGCAGUUCCUAUUUUUUGACCCAUCUGCGAAACCAGCUCAGUUUCGAUCUAUGGUACAUUUGCCUUGGGCUUUUCUGCAUUACUAUAGCUGAGCACCAGAAGGUCAUGGACGAGAGCGACCCAGCUUUCGCAAUGUGGCCCAUCGUAUUCGAGGGCGUGUCGGCAUAUUGCAACGUCGGCUUGAGUUUAGGAUACCCUACGAUCAAUGCGUCUUUUUGCACCGAAUUCACAACAUUCAGUAAACUCGUCAUUUGCGCCAUGAUGAUGCGCGGGCGUCAUCGUGGACUCCCCUACGCUUUGGAUCGCGCCAUCGUCUUGCCGACCGAGAAAUCAAUGGGCGACGAGACUACCACCACGCGCACUCGCUCGCGCGAAUCUCACCAGCAUCUUGAGUAG